GACUCGUCAAGAGCAAGAGAACAUAGUUUCUUCUUGCUUUUGAGGAAAAAAAUAAAUAUUAUUAUUUUUAUAUAGGAAAGGGUUAAUUUAUCAACAAAAAGAUAAUGCAGGGUGGUAGGCUUUUGACGGUUUUUGUAUGCCUCGUCUCGGUGGCGCUGGUGAAUGCCGGCGAUCCUUACUUUUACUACACGUGGAACGUGACGUACGGAACCGUUGCGCCUCUAGGAAUUCCUCAACAGGUGAUUCUCAUCAACGGACAGUUCCCUGGUCCUAACCUAAACUCGACAUCCAACAACAAUGUCGUCAUCAAUGUUUUCAACAACCUUGACGAGCCUUUCCUCUUGACCUGGAGUGGUCUCCAGCACAGGAAGAACUCAUGGCAAGAUGGUGUGACCGGAACCUCAUGCCCAAUCCCAGCAGGCACCAACUACACUUACCACUUCCAGCCUAAGGACCAGAUCGGUAGCUACUUCUACUACCCAUCAACCGCCCUCCACCGUUUCUCCGGUGGUUUCGGUGGCCUCCGUGUCAACAGCCGUCUCCUCAUCCCCGUCCCUUACGCUGACCCCGAAGAUGACCACACCAUCCUCAUCAACGACUGGUACACCAAGAGCCACACCGCUCUCAAGACCUUCCUUGACAGCGGUCGCACUCUUGGUUCCCCUGACGGUGUCCUCAUCAACGGUAAAUCCGGUAAAGUCGGAGGACAGAACAAGCCUCUCUUCACCAUGAAGCCAGGAAAGACUUACAAGUACAGAAUCUGUAACGUUGGGUUCAAAUCCACUCUUAACUUCAGGAUCCAAGGACACAAGAUGAAGCUUGUUGAGAUGGAAGGAUCUCACGUUCUCCAGAACGACUACGACUCGCUCGACGUCCACGUCGGACAGUGCUUCGCUGUUCUUGUGACCGCUGACCAAGAGGCCAAGAGCUACUACAUGGUUGCAUCCACUAGGUUCCUCAAGAAGGAAGUGAGCACUGUUGGUGUGAUGAGCUAUGAAGGAAGCAAUGUUCAGCCUUCCAAUGUGCUUCCCAAGGCUCCAGUUGGAUGGGCUUGGUCUCUUAACCAGUUCAGAUCAUUCAGAUGGAACUUAACCGCCAGCGCGGCUAGACCUAACCCGCAAGGAUCUUACCAUUACGGAAAGAUCAACAUCACCCGUACCAUCAAGCUCGCCAACACCAAGAACUUGGUGGACGGUAAGGUCAGGUUUGGGCUUAACGGUGUAUCACACGUUGACACCGAGACUCCCUUGAAGCUUGCUGAGUACUUUGAGAUGUCCGAGAAGGUCUUCAAAUACAAUGUCAUCAAGGAUGAACCAGCAGCCAAGAUCACUACACUAACCGUUGAGCCUAAUGUCCUCAACAUCACCUUCCGUACCUUUGUCGAAAUCGUCUUCGAGAACCACGAGAAAAGCAUGCAAUCAUUCCAUUUGGAUGGUUACUCCUUCUUCUCAGUCGCUUCUGAGCCAGGAACAUGGACACCAGAGAAGAGAAACAACUACAACUUGCUCGAUGCGGUUAGCAGACACACCGUGCAAGUGUUCCCCAAGUCAUGGUCCGCCAUCCUCUUGACAUUCGACAACGCCGGUAUGUGGAACAUCAGAUCAGAGAACUGGGAGAGAAGAUACUUGGGACAGCAAAUGUACGUCAGUGUUCUUUCCCCUGAGAAAUCACUAAGAGACGAAUACAACAUCCCACUCAACACAAACCUUUGUGGUAUCGUCAAGGGCUUGCCAUUACCUACACCCUACACUAUUUAAUUAAACUCACUUCCACAAAAGUUUUAUUUAUUUAUUUGAUAUAUGUAAAAUUCUACUUUUUACAAGUGAGUGUAUUACGUGACUAAUUAACCCUUUCCUAAUUUCAUUAAACAUACUACUACUAUAACUACAGAUCCCAUUGUUGUUUCACUAAUAGUAAUAUAUACAAUAUUUAGCUUGCUUAAUAUAAUCCUGAUUCUAACACAAAAGACUGUUAUUCAUUUCAUAAUCCCAAACUUGACAUCUAAUACUAUAAACAUUUUGUUUUAGGGGUAAUAAUGAUAAUAGGUUCGCUUUGUAUGAGUAAAACUUGUCGAUUCCUACCGUGGGCACAAUUAUACAUAGUUUCGAGAGUUAAUUUAAAACAUAAUUUCACUGAACAAUAUCAUACAUAUUUGUCUUUAUGUAAUAGCCCGAGAAACACGUGGUGAAUGGAUAGAUUAUAGAUACAUAGGUAUAUCUGUGAAGUGUAAAAUCAUCCUACAAUCUAUCUCACAAGAAUGCAAACCCGCGCGCAGUCCCCACAGAUAAAUAAUAGAAUUGAGCUUUUCUUCUUCCGUUUUGGUUAGAAAUACUUGGUUCUUUCACGUAUAACGAAGAUCAGUUCAAACCCACGUGAGGUUUGUCCCAGUAUCUAUAUUUUAAAAAACUUGAAUUAAAGAAACAGAAAUAUAGAUCUACUAAUAAACAAUAUAUUUGUGAGCAUGUUAAUUAACCAUCUAUAUAAUAUUCAAGGACUAAAAACUCUGGACGGUACUUACGUCUUUAUUCUGCUUAAUUUGUUCCUCCGCUUGAGUUCUGGUGAUCGUACCACCAGACUCACCUAUGCGCGACACAAAGAAGCGUAUAGCCAAGGACAACUUGCCGAUCAUGUUAAUUUUUCUUUAAAAUGCGAAAUAAAUGUA